AUGGAAUAAGAAAUAGACUUUGUUAUUUCAUGCUAUGGAGAUGAUGACCUAGACUAUUCUAAAUAUAUAGACCACUCAAAUGAUAAUUUAUAUGAUAGAAAAGAAAAGCUCAGAGAUAGUUUUGCUACUCAGGCUAACUCCUUGUUUUAAAGUGCUAGUAAUAUAUUGUGUGAAUCACUAACUUCAAAUGCAAGCUUCACUUCAAUUUAAAGAAACAACUCUAUGCAAGAAUAGACAGAUAUGAAAAACUCCUUUAACUACUACUCUCAAGUAGAAUGUGAUAAUUCUAAUAAUAAUAUUUAAAGCGUCAAUCCCUAAGAAAAGAGAUGUUCUAUAGAUAUAAAGUGCUUAUAGAAAGAAUAUAAUUAUGAAAGUAUAUCUAAAAUAUUCUAAGAUAAUUCUACUGCAUUCCUCCAUGGAGAAAUUGCUAUCUAAAAAUAGAGCACCGCUUAUUCUUUCUCAGAUUCUGAUUUUAUGAAUCAAGAUAUUCUUAAAUACCAUAAAUAAGUAUGUAAUAUAACGUAAACAAGUAAUUUCUUGCAUGUAGAGUUAAGUUAAAUUUAAUAAUCAAAUUAAUAAUAAAUUAACAACAUAAAAUUUUAAUGGGAGCAAGAAAAAAAUGAGGAGCUAGCUUGGAAUAGCGAACAACCUUACCUCUAUAAUUAGGAAGACUAUGAGAAUGUCUAACAAAACUAAUCUUAAGAGCUAUGCAACUUAAUUAAUGAUUAUACUCAUAUUAUUUCCUAAUAAUAACAAUAUUUCCAAUAAAGCUUUGAACAUAAGGAUUUUUACUUACAAAAUAUAUAGAGCUAAGAAAGAUUCGAUAGUAUCAACAAAAGAGCCUUUAAAAUUUUGAGAAAACUUUAAUAAAAUAGUAAAACCAGUAUUUUUUCCUAUAAAAUUGUAAGAAAAACACCUUUCGAAUAUAUUACACUCUCUCGCGGUUUAUCUAAUAGCUUUUUUGAUAAAUUAGGAUUAGAUAAAUAAGAAACUUCCUAGUAUAUUAUGAGAAAUAACUGUCUCCCAUUAAAUUGCUACAUUAAUACUUAAGAAAAAUUAAAAUAGAGUUUUUAAGAAAUAGUUACUCACUUAAGCUUUUUGCACUCUAAUAAUAAUUACAAAAGAACUUAUUAAUGUGGUGAAAUGCAAUUUAACGCUAUUAUAGAGAGAUAAUUUUUUGCUCUAAAUUAACAAAUAGGCGAUUAAAUUUUAGAUAUUAAUGACUACUUAAUCGUAGAAAUUAUGUAAAUAGAAGACCAACAAAUAAAUUAAUUUUCAUAACAAAUGAAACAAAGAAAGUAAUAAUUUGGAUUUUGUUUUGAUUCUACUGAAUUUCAAUACAAAGUAAUGAGUUCUAAUAUCGUUGAUAGAUAUUAUUAGAAUUAUUCUGAACAAUAAAGAUAAGAAAAUUAAAUUAUAAGAUUACUGAAUAAAAAAAACCAUAGAUUCCAUUGA